AACAGUUCUUUUAACAACUUUGUCUUUGCCAGACGUCAGAUUCAUCCAAAGAAACAAAGCCUCAACGCCUACAUGGUUUUCAAAGAUGAGGAAGGAGUGACCGGAGCUUUGGAAAGGAACGGCGUGGAGAUCCAGAAAGAUUUUUACAUCAGAGUCGACCGAGUGACUGACAGUUCAUCACACGACCACAAACGCUCCGUCUUCGUGGGGAACUUGUCUUUCGAGAUAAACGAGCUGGUGUUUCGGCGACAUUUUGAGGAGUGCGGGUCAGUGGAGGCAGUGAGACUGAUUCGAGACCCCAAUUCUGGGCUGGGGAAGGGAUUUGGCUACAUCCUGUUCGAGAGUGCUGACUCUGUUCAGCUGGCGUUGGAAUUGGACGGUUCAAAGCUGGAAGGUCGGUCAAUCCGUGUGAAGAGGUCGAUGAAGACAGACAAGCAGAAGAAAACAGAAAAUAGCAAGGGAACCACAAGAACGCCUGGCAGAUCUCCAGCCAAACACACUGGUCUUAAGACAGCAGGAGGGCGGGGCACCGGGCCUGGACGCGGUUCCUUCAGUGGAGGCCGACAGAGACCUGCCAAAAAAGAAUCAAGCUCCUUUAGAGGAGAAACAGCUGAUCCAAGGAAGAAGAUGGAUAAAAAGAAAGGACUGAAGAAGAAGAAACCACGUCACGUCAGACGAGUCAAAGCUGACUCCUAACAGGACAAAAAGACACUCGUUACUCAGUGAACGAUUCAGUACGUCAGUUCUCCACAGGGUAACGAGUGAAGGCAGGGGUGAAAUAUUUGAAUUUUGUUUUGAGGUUAAACUGAAAAAAACUCUUUAUUCCUUUCAUUUUUUUUUCAGUAAAAAUAUUGUGACUUAAUGUUGUUUGUUUCUUUUAUCGUGGUUUUUAUUGGCAGAGUUUCUGUCUUGUUGUCCCAGUUAUAGCUAAAACUGACUAGAAAAAAAAAAUUUACAUGCAGAAGUAUAUUGAAUUUUAGCCAAACUAAAGGGUGACAUUAGAGCAACACAAACCUUUCAUCUGAUUGUUGAUGUAAUACUAAAAAAAGAAAAUUAGUGGCAAGUUUUCUGUUUUUCUACUUUAUUUUUUCUUCUUCCUCUUUUUAAAUGACCAAAACAUGUUCACAACAGAAAGACAAGAGUAACAAUAAAUACUGAGGUGAGUUA